AUGGCCUCUCAGGUUGAACCACCUUUGGCAGAAAAAGAAUUAGCCGAUUGGUUUAUGGAUACUGUACAACCAAUGUUCUAUGAGAGGAUGAUGGGUAGUGUGUCUGCAAGUUUUUCUGACUUGGUAGCUGUAGGCAUUAAAGUAGAACUCAGUUUGAAGAAUGGAAAGAUGAUCAGUGCUGAUGGAACUUCUAAUAACAACAAUGCUAAGAAGUUUCCCGGAAAUUUUCAUAAAAAAAAGGAAGGAGAGACGAAUGUUGUAACGUCCAGUCGAGUAAGGAGUCAAUCAUGGAGAAAGCAACAACGACAUUUCACUCAACAACAACCAGCAUACCCUGUGCAAUACGUUCAACAACCAUAUGUGGCAGCAAUUGGGCCAAAUUUCAACCAAAAACAAGUACCUGUUUAUCAACCAGUUCAGCAAACACCAAUUUAUCAACCUGCUCAUACCUUUGGGUCACCUCCUGAUCCUUUGCCUCCAUGUUAUAACCCAAAUGCUCAUUGCCCUUUCCAUGAGGGUGCACCUGGGCAUGAUUUAGAAGGAUGUUAUGCUUUGAAGCAUAUAGUGCGAGAAUUGGUGGAAAAGAAGAUUCUUUCAUUCAGAGACUUGGGGCCUAAUGUCAAGAGUAAUCCUUUGCCAGCACAUGAAACUGUUAAUGCAAUUGAAGAAGCAUCUGAUGGUCAUGUGAUCAAAGAUGUUGCAAAUAUCAAGACUCAUUUGCUAGCGUUCCAUGCGAGACUAGUAGAAGCUGGUUUAGUUAGUGCUUGUCAUAAAGAUUGUGAGGAAUGUGCCAUUCAUCCAAGAGGGUGUGAGAUGGUACGAGAAGAUGUCCAAGACUUGAUGAACCAAGGAGUAUUACAAGUUAGUAGCCUCGUGAGAAGAGAUGAAGUAGCUGUAAUUGAGCCAUUUUUCAAUUUACCAGAGCCAGUUGAGAUAGCCUAUAGAAGAAAAGAUAUUGUUCAGCCGGUUAAUCACCCAUCACCCGUGGUUAUCUAG